CUCCCCCACUCUCCUGUUCCGCGGCCCCUCCCCCCGCUCCCCCCCUCUCGCCCCGCCUCGCCGCCGGCGACGAGCUCCAGCUCAGCCUGCCUUUCCCCCACGGUCGGCGGAGGAGGCCGGCGGCAGAGGGCAUGGAGCCUAUGAGCGUGGACAGCAGCGGCUGCGGCGGCCUGGACGCGCAGAUCGAGCAGCUGCUGCAGUGCCGCCCGCUCGCCGAGCAAGAGGUUAAAGCACUAUGCGAGAAGGCUAAGGAGAUCUUGAUGGAGGAAAGCAAUGUUCAGCCAGUCAAAAGCCCAGUGACAAUCUGUGGUGAUAUUCACGGACAAUUCCAUGAUCUUGUUGAGCUUUUCCGGAUUGGUGGGAAGUGUCCAGAUACUAAUUAUUUGUUUAUGGGGGAUUAUGUGGAUCGUGGAUACUACUCUGUCGAGACUGUUUCUCUCUUGGUAGCACUGAAGGUUCGCCAUCCACAUCGGAUUACAAUCCUCCGUGGAAACCAUGAGAGUCGACAGAUCACACAAGUAUAUGGAUUCUACGAUGAAUGCCUACGAAAGUACGGCAAUGCAAAUGUAUGGAAGAUAUUCACAGAUCUUUUUGAUUAUUUCCCAUUAACAGCGCUGGUGGAAUCUGAAAUUUUCUGCCUGCAUGGUGGUUUAUCUCCAUCAAUUGAGAAUCUUGAUAGUGUCCGUAGCUUAGAUCGUGUCCAAGAGGUUCCACAUGAGGGACCUAUGUGUGAUCUCUUAUGGUCUGAUCCGGAUGAUAGAUGUGGAUGGGGCAUCUCUCCUCGUGGUGCUGGCUACACCUUUGGGCAGGACAUAUCCGAACAAUUCAAUCACACCAACAAUCUCAAACUUGUAGCGCGGGCUCAUCAGUUAGUUAUGGAGGGAUACAACUGGGCUCAUGAACAAAAAGUUGUUACCAUAUUCAGUGCUCCAAACUAUUGUUACCGAUGUGGCAACAUGGCAUCCAUCUUGGAAGUUGAUGACUGCAACGCUCACACCUUUAUCCAGUUUGAGCCAGCCCCUCGGAGAGGCGAGCCGGACGUGACACGGAGAACGCCUGAUUAUUUCCUUUGAGUAAACUGGCUGCACCAUUUCUCAGCUUGUAUUGCGAAUAUCGGCACCAAUCAGUGAGAUUCCUGCUGGAUCCAAAUCUGCACAUGAGCCAACAAACAAUAACAAAGGGGUGUACGAGUGCCCCAUGUAAAAUUGACCCCCAUUGGUCAAUCCGAAAGAUUGCUGCCAUCCUGAAACAAAAGAAGCUUCAUGCAGCCACCUGCCCUGAGUUCCAGGUGAAGAAAGGGCUAUCCAUGCACCCUCUCCCUCAGUACUUUGGCAAUUUCAUAGAGGCAUGGCAUUUUACAUUGGCAAAGACUGAACUCCUAUAUGUAGCUUAAGCUUGUAUCACUAGGCUUGUAAUCUGUAUUAUCAGACUGUAAGAUAACAGUUAAUUAAAUCAUAUUUCAGUAUUUCCAA